UAUUACACAACAUAUUAUUUACAAAAAGUCAUUACAAUCUAACCAAAUGUUCCACUUCCACAAUGCUCAUGUGCCAUUGUACCAGCUCUACUCAGAUGCUUUUAAGUGCAGUUACUACAUACACAAAUAGUACCAAUUAGUUGCAUGGCCCUUCUCUGGAUUGCAUCCAAAGUGGGGCCACUGACUAAUUGAUAUCAAUCACUUAUGAACAUACUCCAGCCUUUGGUCUCGUCUGUCUUUUCUAUCACUGCUAUAAUGGCCUCUGUUCUUCAGAGACGACUGGUCAUUCUCCCACCAUUCAGAUCCCUUCCCCAACUCAUCUUUCCACCUCUCAUCAUUCUUGGUGUGUCCAAUCCCUUGAUUCCUCAGCACUAACCAUUAUGCCAGUCCUGUCUUCCUAGAACAUCAGCUUUCUGGAAUGUUUCGCAGUUCAUGUCAUUCUUGCAAAAGUAAAGUUCUAUGGAGACAAUAUUAAAUGCUAUUGUAAAGAAGGAACUGGGUAGAACAGACAUUUUUUCACAGCUAAAAGGAUUUGUCAAAGAAGACUGACCGAGCAAGUGAAAAGGUAAAAGUAAAAAAAAAAAAAUUCUUCUGCAAUCGCAAGACGGACUAUAGCAGAGGGGAGAGAGCAUAGCCGGAGGAAAAUAAUGAGGAAUGGAAGAAAGUGAAACAUGCACGCUAUAUUCUCAAAAUUUAGCUGGUCAUAGACAUACGUUUGAAAGUAAGACGGAUUGGACAUGGUGGGAAUGUCUUUAAAUAGGUUACUUCUGACGUAGGGCUAAAAACAAAUAGUAAUUAUAUAGCACUCUCUAUUGAUUGAGGAUAUGAGUACUCUGACGAUCAAUGUCACUUCCGUCAGGUCUUCUUCACACGUUUUCUAAUUUUAAAAACAUUGUUGAUAUAAUAUUCCUGUACCUUUAAUUACAUUCUCCCAGUAAUAGCUAAUUAAUUGACUUCGGUAAGUCCAAAGACUGUUCAUUUACUAGAAUAUAAUUUAGACAGUCUAUAGGAUGUAGUUUAAAGAUUUGGUGAAUGUAUCAACAUCCACAACUGCAAGUCUGACUACAUUAUUUCAUCUACGUGCAUUGUUAAAUAUUCUUUGAUCGAACAUCUCAUAUUUACCCUUCUACUUCACGCUAUACUUACUGCUUGCCAGAACCUAUUCUGCGUAGAAAAGGUUAACAGACAAAAUCGUUUAUAAAAUACAAAUUAAGUUAAAUAAAUAUUUAUUCAGUUCGAAAGAUAAAGUAAUGUGUUUAUUCAUUCAUUUCAAAAGGUGCCAGUUAGAAAUACGCCUAAAUAAAUUGGUAUAAAAUAUAGUUCAAUAAAUGCCCAUUCAGUUUUAAGGAUAAAUGUUAUUUAUUCAGUGUAAAAUAUGCUAAUUAGAAAUAUGGUUACUUGAACAUCCAAAUAUCAUUUUCAUAUAAUUGAUAUCUCAUAAAUUUAUCUAAGUGACUUGGGUCUUAACAGAAUUUUGAGGUUACAAGUAAACGAAUCACUAAAAUCCCGAGCGUGACGGAAUGUCAAAUAAAAAUUAAAGUAAUGGUAGAUUACUACCAAAGAAAGUUAUAUAAAAUGCUGGAUUAGAAAGAAAGAUAGUGCUAGUUACUUAAUUUAUUAAGAUUAUUAAAUGGCUGAGACAAUUCACAGAACAUUAUCAACAUAUCAACUUUGGAAAACUAAAAAUACCUUCAUUGAGCUUGUGUCUGCUUGUUUAUACAACUUUUGGCUGAUGAAUGGGAAAUAUUUCCUUGGAAUUGAGAAUAUUUCCUAGAAUUUCUACAAAUGAUUACUGAAAGAUUUUCUUUCUGUAUAUAUUAAACUCAGAACAUUUAAAAUAAAGUUUCCAUUGUCUUAUGUGCAGGGACUUUGAUAUCUAAAUGUAUCUUGUUAACAGCUGCUAGCUUAAUGGUCCUUUAGUUGCAUAAUUUGAUGCUCUUUCUUAAGAGCCAAAACAUUGUCAGGCUUUAACAAAAGCCAAAUUACACUUAAAGUGUAGAUUAAAAGAGAAAAAUAUGAAUGCAAAAGCAGAGCCUGAAAAUAUUGAUUCAUCUAAUCAGACACAGGAAAAUACAGAAGAGAAGUCACACCUUUGUGAUAUGUGUGGAAAAUUAUUCACUACAAGCAAAUUAUUAUCUUCCCAUAAAUGUAUUCACACACGCAGAAAACUGCACCACAGCAGUAUUUCUGAUAAAACAUUUUCAGAUAAUAGCACAUUAAUUUCCAAUAAGCAUUGUCACACAGAAGAAACAUCAUACCAUUGUGAUAUUUGUAGUAAAAAUUUCACUCAGAAAGGUAGUUUCUCUCGACACAAGCGUAUUCACACAGGCGAAAGACCAUACCACUGUGAUAAGUGUGAUAAAUCAUUUUCCAGAAAUGGUCAUUUGUCUUCCCACAAACACAUUCACACAGGAGAAAAACCAUACCACUGUGAUAUCUGUGAUAAAGCAUUCUCUAGAAGCGAUAAUUUAACUCAACACAAACGUGUUCACACAGGAGAGAAAGCAUAUUGCUGUGAUAUCUGUGGUAAAGCAUUUGCUGGGAGUGCUGAUUUGUCUGUCCACAAACGUAUUCACACAGGAGAAAGACCUUACCACUGUGAUAUAUGUGGUGAAACUUUUAUUAGAAAUCGUAAUUUAACUUACCACAAACAUAGCCACACAGGAAAGAAACCUUACAAAUGUGAUACCUGUGAAGAAUCAUUUUCUACAAGGGGUCAAUUAUCUGUCCACAAACGUAUUCACACAGGUGAAAGACCAUACAAGUGUGAUAUUUGUGGUAAAGCAUUCUCUCAAAUUGGUCAUUCUGUUCGACACAAACGUAUCCACACAGGUGAGAAACCAUACCAAUGCGAUAUAUGUAGUGAAACAUUUUCUAGAAGUGAUAAUUUAACUAAACACAAAGAAAUUCACACAGAGGAGAAACCAUAGCUAUGUGAUAUCUGCAGUAAAAUAUUUUCUACAAA